CUCUAAACAUAUUGGGCAAGCCACUCAGAAUAUUUGCAGCGUGCAGAUCGCAUGGCUGAAGGCGCCGUUACCGGCGCGUGAGUGUUGUAAUACAUGACGCCGAUCGUGGCUCAAGUCUUGGCCUCAAGCACCCCGGGUUUUGCAGAGCUUACUGAUUGCCAACUCGCCGAUACGGCUCAUUAUUUGUGCCAUGGCUGAUGCGACCGUUUGGACGGUCUUGGCUAUCUACCUGGCCGUGCUCUUGGGCAUCCUCGUCCACUCCCAGGUCCAGACGUGCCGCGCGGCGACCAGCGGGAGCGCGAUGGAGGCGCACUACUUGUGGGGCAGGCGGAUUCCUGGCGCGUUCCUGGCCCUGACUACCGUGGCCUCCGUCUUCUCUGGCUACACGGUCACUGGGCUGCCCGCAGAAGCGUACCUCACGGGGUUCGGGUACAUGCGCUGGGUCGGCCUGAUCAUCCCGAUGCUGCUGAUGGUGGUUUCGAUAGCGCCGCGCAUGGUCUGGCUCUCAAAGCGGAGGGGAUACGUCUCGGUCUUGGACGUGGUGCGCGACCGCUUCGUCACCGGCCCAAUCUUCCCUUGCAAGGGCUGCGACGUGCAGGGCUCUGUCCUGCACUGGCUGGCCACGGUCGCGUUCCUGAUCCCGUCCGCGAUCUACCUCCUCGCCCAGUUCAUCGCCUUCAGCGCGAACAUGUCCGCCCUCUCGCACGGAGCGCUGCCGCAGUGGGCGUUCGGGCUCUUCUUCUUCCUGCUGCUGGCCACCUUCGAGGCGGUGGGCGGCCUUCGGGCCGUGGUGCUGACAGACGUCUUCCAGGGGGGCGUGCUGAUCCUUGGCGUGGUCGCCUGGCUCGUCGUCCAGUCUGUCGUCUUUGGCGGCGUCGAGGCCGCCACCUCCAGCCUGGAGCGGGAGAUGCCGGAGCUGCUCGCACCCCCUGCUGGGACUGGUGUGGGGAGCUGGUUCAACUUCAUGUUCUUGGUCGGGGGCGGCCGCGUGGUGUUCCCGGACAUCCUCACGCGCUACGUGGCUGCCGGCAAUCAGGGGCGGGUCCGGCUCACCGUGGUCGUGCUGGCGGUGUUCAGCUUCGUGGUCUUUCCCGCGAUGGGGCUCAUCGGCAUCCAUGGCCGUGCUCGCUACGGGGGCGGCCAGGUCCCCAACUCCGUGUUCUCUCAGGUCUGCUUGGAGAUCACCGAGUCCGGGUGGGCAGGUGCCAUAGUUGGGUCGCUGUUGUUGGCCUCAUCGCAGGCGGCCAUCAUGUCCACCGCAGACUCCGUGCUUAUGGAGGUUGGGAAGCUGAUGUCCCUCGACGUGUGCCAGCCCUUGAUGCGUGCGUGCGGCUGCGAGUCAGACGAGAGCACGAUAUUGUGGAUCGGUCGGGCUAUGACUUUCUUGAUGGCGGGGCUUUGCUGGCUGCUGACCGGAUGGGAUGCGCUCACGAUGGACCGGCUGUCCGCGCUCCUGGGCCUGCAGAACAUCUUCUGCUGCGCGCUCGCGCCCCUGUUCUUCGCCAGCCUCUACAGCGACUCGUGCCCCGCGUGGCUGGCCUCCCUGAGCAUCGCGUUCGGCCUGGUGUUCGGCGUCCUCGCGUGGGCCCUCAAGACCAACCCCGAGACGCUGGUGGGCGAGCCGGAGCCCGUGCUCCCAGCCCUGGUGGCGCUGGCGAACUUCGCGCUGCUCACCGCCGCGCUCGCCGCGCUGCGCCGCGCGCCCCGCGCCCUGCGCCGCGCGCCGGCCCCCGAGGACAGCUGGGAGCCCUGGCGCCGGGCCCUCUCCGAGCGCGACGCCCUGCGCGAGCGGCGGGCGCCCGAGGCCGGCGGGGAGGGGCCGCGGCGGGAGCUGCCGCGCCCCGGGGCGGCGCGCCCGGCCGAGGACGCCCCGCAGCGCGAGCCGGUGCACAGCUGGCAGGUCCUGCUGGCCGUCGCCGCGGCGAUCCCCGCGCUGCUGCCCUACGGAGGCGCCGACGCGGGCUUGAGGACGUGGGGCGUGCCGGACUGGGCGCUGGCAUUCACCGUCCGCAUGGCCGGGCUCGCGCUGGUGGUGCUCUAUCUGGUCGGGUACCGCUGGUGUGAGGCUCCUGCGGGCAAGGACGCGCCAGAGGUGUCGUGCAGCCUCGCGAGCAGCCCGGUGCACGCGGGCGCCUGACGCACAGUGGCGGCGCGUGCAAGGGGGGCGGCCACGCCUCGCCCGCGGGGUCUCCUGCUCUGCGGCCUCGCGCUGGGUGCUCUGCGACUGGCUGCGCAGAGCCCCCGGCUCUCGCUGCCCCGCCCCUGUCGGCGACGCCGCCACGUCUCGCUCCAGAGAGCGGACGCGUGCGGGAAGCAGCCGGGCCAGCGGCCGGCUGUCUGGUGCCCCCCAACCAUUGGCCCCCUCCCUGCAGGCGUGCGGCGGGCCGCCCCCUCGCGGCGCCGCCCGCCCCAGCCGCCCGGCCGGCGUCCGGAGCCCUCUGGGAGCCCUGCUGGCGCCGACUCUUCCUGGCCCGCGGGCUCUUCGGGAGGCCUCGGGAGGCCCCCGCAGUGCCGCCAGGGGCUCGCCGGGGACCUCCGGAGAGUUCUCGAGGGAGCAGGUGGGUCGGAGGAUUGCGCCGUAUCGCCCAUGCAUCGGCGAGGCGGUGCGCGAUCCUCCAGAGCUCUUUUUGCUGCAUGCCGACGUCGCCGAUGCAUCGUCGAUGCAGGGGCGAUACGGCGUGUGCCCUGACCCCAGUUGGGCGGCCUCCAGUUUUGGCGUCGCUCCGGGUACUUUCUUUACUUUUCUUGGCGUCUCUCCGCUCUCCCCUCCAGACAUCCGAUGGCCCCUCCUCGAUCCCUCCCCCCCCCACACGACCAGCAACCGCUUCUCACGUUCUGCACGUGAUCGGUACAUCGAGAGCUUGGGAAAGACCUGGACACACGAUCUGGGCACCUGGGCUCUGAUUUUGCUAGCUUGCUUGAUGGCUAGCUUGCUUGCUCGCCGCUUUGUCCAGCGGGCAUUUUGUCACGCGCAGAUGGCGGCCAAGAAUUCGCAAUCGCAGGAGGCUUCCUCCUGAUUCGGGGAAGCGUCAGACUCGAGUUCGCCAGAACUCGCAGCGGGAGGUUGCCUCAAGUUUCAGACUAAGGCCCGCCAUUUUUGUGACGUCCUCGUUCGGCAAAGUCGAGUUUGCCACACUCGAGUCUUUCUUUUCCCUGACAAUUACAGGUUGGAGGUGGCACUAUCGCGAUGCAUGCGCAGAAUCAGAGAAAACCAGCACCUGCACCAACCACUCUCCUUCACACGUGCCUGCCUGCUUCAAUCGAGAGUGCUGUCGCCCUUGAACGGCAUCUUUCCAGAGGAAGCGGAGCAUGCAGGGUGCAUGUCCGAGCUGCGACGACUAACGGCCCGUCGUGGGCGGCUCAAGCAAAGCUAGAUCCGAGCUUUGGAUACUUGUCGGGGCUUGCCGAGCUGAGUGCUAAGUGGUACUUCCUCCUCCUCCUCCUCCUCCUCCUGCUCCUCAUAUUCUCUGCGACCUCCCC